AUGGUAAAGAUUGUAAAUGCGUUAACCGCUCGUAAAGAAAUUGGUGCUCCUAUGGCAUGCCUUUAUCUUCUGAAACAUCCAGACCAUUAUACAAAUUUCAAGUUCAUUGUAUGGUAUUGGCCACAGUUUGUCAAUCAUAUAAAAGAAGAGUUUGGUAUUCCUUUAUAUGGAUCUGACAAAAAUAGAGAUAAGGUUACCAUCCGCAGGGUAGAAGAGUCCAUUGUAUCAUUAUCCCCUGUAAUUGACUAUAUAUAUAGGCCAUCUGUAUAUGGCAAUGUUUGUCUCUAUGACUGGAUAACUAUAUAUACAAAGAAGUACUGUGGCCCUGCACGCUCAAGGAAAGAUAAAAAUACAGUAAAUGAC